AUGGAGGAGAAGAUUGGAAAAAAAUUAAAACUCAAGGAUUUAAAUCAAUACAGGCAGAAUGGACCCCCUGCAAUCCAGGAGGAAGUGGUUAGUGGUCUGCUGAGCUCUGUAUUGGGGCCAGUUGCAUUUAAUGUCUUUAUCAGAGAUCUGGAUGAAGAGAUUGACCUCACAGAGAACAAAAAGUAUAAUUGCACAGAUGUCUGUCUUCUCUCCCAGACACCCAAAGCUCUGACACAAAACGGAGCAGCACCUUCAAGUCUGUGGAGCAACACAUUCCCCAAGGCCCUUUUCCUUAGGAAACAUGCAAAUUUCACCUACAUAUGGGUCUGUUUCCUCACACCUGAAAUAUAUUUGGAGACACCACGAGUUCCCUGGGGAAAACUGUUCUGCCACAACGAGCUGAGAUCACUUGUGCCAAUGUUCAGGCUAAGAUAUUGUGAGGACCCUCCAUUAGAGCAUCACUGCAUGGUUCUCAGCCCUUCAAGAGGAGAGGUAAAACCAUUAGGAAGAAGAUCAAGCCAGUGGGAUGAACCAGCAGCUGUUGAGCGAGGAAUGCACUGGCAGUUUCUCAGGACUAAAGUGAGCUGGUGUGUGAAUCCAAUGCCUGCUGCUCUUUGAGCUACUGCCUGGACCAAUAAACCUCCUGUUAAAAUG